AUGAGUGAGACAACAGAUCCAACUUCACCAACAUCAUCGACUACUGCGACGACGACAACAAAGACGACAACUACGACAGUAACAAGUCCUGUGGCAACAUCUGCUUCAACAGGAUGUGCUGCACAACCAAAGACUAUAUUCUUUGCCGUGAAGGAUAGAGUGAAGAAGGCAACGUUCAAUGGUUCGACAAUGGAUGAUCUCAAGAGACUGUUCAUUCAAAAGUAUCCAGAGUUUCCAAAUGAUGUAGAGUGUCCCAUCUACGCACUCGACAAGAACACUGGCAAUGAGACACCCUUCACAGACAUUGAUGAACUCAAAGAGUUCCAACUACUAGUUGUCAAGCAUGAACUAGAGGACGAAGGAAAGAAGAGGUCGACGGGAUACACUGGCUUGGACAAGGAGAAGAUUGUUAUUGUUAUGGUGGGUCUGCCUGCUCGAGGCAAGACUUAUGUGGCCAGGAAGAUAUGUAGGAUGCUCAACUGGAUGCUGGUGCCGGCAAAGGUGUUCAACGUCGGUGAAUACCGUCGUAAUAGGAUCGGCGCAGGCCAGUCACAUGACUUCUUUGACCCGUCCAAUCCCGAUGGAAUCAAGGCUCGUCUUCAUAUGGCCGUCGCCGCACUGGACGACAUGAUCUCCUGGAUGCACAAUGGUGGCCGUGUGGGCAUCUACGACGCCACCAACAGCACACGCGAGCGUCGACAGCUCGUACUCAACAGAUGUACCAGGGAGAGCAUGAACGUCAUCUUUAUCGAGUCAAUAUGCAAUGAUACCGAUGUUAUCGAAGCAAACAUCGUUGAGACCAAGUUACUAUCCCCAGAUUACGUUGGAAUCGACUCAUCCAAGGCUGUUCAGGACUUCCGCGACAGGAUAGGCCACUAUGGAAAGGUAUACGAGACAGUGGAGGGACCCGACCUGCGAUAUAUUAAGCUGUUUGAUGUUGGAAAGAAGAUAGAGGUCAACAACAUCACUGGUUACAUACCAAGUAGAAUAGUGUUCUUCUUGAUGAACCUACACAUCCAUCCACGACCAAUAUGGCUGACGAGACAUGGUGAGAGUGAGUUUAAUGCCGCUGGAAAGAUUGGUGGUGACUCGGACUUGACGGACCGCGGCGAUAACUAUGCUCAUCAGCUGGCGGUGUGGAUCUCGGACUGGUGCGCCAAGGUGCGCUCCAAUGGCUACGACGGCGAGGUCAUUGUGUGGACCUCAAGCUUGAAGCGCGCCAUCCGCACGGCGCAGUACAUCUCGCAGCCCAAGGUGGUGAUGCGCGCACUCGAUGAAAUCGACGCCGGUGUGUGCGACGGUAUGACCUACGAGGAGAUACAGGAGAAGAUGCCAGACGAGCGUGCUGCUCGCGACUCUGACAAGCUGCAGUAUAGAUACCCGCGUGGCGAGAGCUAUGAGGACGUCAUUCAGAGACUGGAGCCACUGCUUCUGGAGCUGGAGAGGACAAAGCUGCCCGUCCUUAUCGUCAGCCAUCAAGCCACACUACGCUGUUUGUAUUCAUAUCUCAAGGGUCGCGUCAAGGAGGAGUGUCCCUUCCUGAACAUCCCACUACACACCCUCAUCCAACUCACGCCAAAGGCCUAUGGAUGUGAAGAGAAAACAUUCAAGUUAUGUUGA